AAAAGAGAGACCGAACGAAUAUGAAUUGAAGUGGAAAAAUGUCAAGACUAAAAAAAUCAGUGGGGGCGCGCGCGUAUGUCUGAAGAUCGUGCGAAGGUUCCGGACCACGCAUCAGAGCGCACGACCGACCCGGUGAGCCGAGAGUCCCAUCCAGCUUACGUACAGUGCAAAGCCUUAGGUGCCUUGGGUUGGUUGUUCGCGAGUUUCAGUACGAUUGUGUCUGUCGCGCGGUUAAGACGAUUAUCGGAAACGAUUAAUACGGCGAUCGAGUCGAAUCUUGCUAGUCUGGGCCCGAUCAGCUGAGCAGAGUUUGGUUGUUUGUUUGUUUGUUUGUGACUUUUUGUUUUGCGAAGGUGGUCCUCCACUCGGACGGACGGGGAUCGGAGGUUUCGUGAUCCGCCGCUGUUCAACGCGGGCGGUAGCUUAAGGAAGGAAACCGAAAGUGUGACUACACCCACACGCAGUGAAUUCGAGAUCGAGAUCAGGUAGGCACACGACGAUUGUUCGGUCGUUUGGCGCCUCUCCUAAUAGACCGAGAGGACGUCCGUGCGGAUACGAAGUUUUGUUGGUUGGUUGAUUUAUCGCUUGAAGAUCCUAGCAAUUUUUUUUUGGUUCGGUGAGUUUGGAUUGGUCCGUAGAAAGAUUUCGGUGGUCUCCCGAUCAUAUCUGAUGUGGUGAUUGUGGGGUUCGGUACGUCGAGUUGCCGUCGAGUUGAACAUACAUCCGAUCGUUGAUAGAAGAAAGCAAAACACAGUUGGAGAAUUAAUAAUUUACAUACUUAAGUACGGUGUGCGGUUGCAGUACGCUUGUGGCGUGAUCGUUGGCAGGCCUGGGCAGUACGAGAUUGGAGAAAAAAAAUAAAAUAAAGGUAGAAAAAAAGAAGUAAGAACACGAAGAAGGAAAGUGUUUUUCAUUCAGUGGUCUCGCUGCAACGCGCGGCGCGGAGGUGAACGAUAACUGGACCCAGGUCUUGAAAGUGCAUGUCGAUCGGGAUCUGCUAAAGUGCAGCAGAAAAGUGGUUAUAAGUUGCAAAAUUUUAAUAAACAGCGCAUACGAUUAUCUCGCUUAAUCUCGGAGCUUUUUCAACUGCCGAGGCUUCCCCGCACUUCAUGCCUGCAUAGUUCGGUCGGUGUUCCCGGUUUCUGUCGCCCGGAGGAUCGAGCGGUUUCGAGGCAGACCGUGGCCGCGGCGGCCGCACUGGAAGAGAUAGCAAGGUGCUGGAAGCCGAGAGUCGUUAAUAAUUUUAAAGAUCAUUUGUUGGAUUGUCUGUCUGUGUUCGGCGGUUUGGGGCGGACGCGAGCGAAGCGAUCCGCACCGAAGGGACCCAGGGACCACGGUCGUGGCCAGAUAUCGGCGGAAUUGAAUUAAGAAGCGGCAGAGAUAGUGGCAUAAGUUAAAAAAUUUAACAGCGAACAGAUAUACUUUUAUCGCAGAAUUAAAUUAUCGAUCGGAUUGUGAACUGCAGAGUACACGGCUACCGAGAUAUUGAUAGCAGAGUGAUCGGUCCUUGAUUGCACUUACAACAUCCCGUUCCCACUGUUGGAAGUUUUAGUCCGGUAGCUGAUAGCGUAGUUCCAUUAUGGUGUAAACCAUCAUAGCAAACACCAGAAAAUUUGAAAGCCAGCUCCCAACUACGGACACCGACGCAAUGCAUCACAGACUAGGAUCGAUAGCGGAUCUCACCUUCGACCAGAUGCCCAUCAUGAAUUUGGCCGACGCUAACAACAAUAACAGUAGCAACAGCAGCAGCAGCAGUAGUAGUAGUAGUAGUAGUAGCAGCAGCAGCACUGGUAGUAUCACUAGCGGCGGCGAUGAGAUCGUUGCCAAAAAAGACGAAAAGUAUUCGCUAAGGCAACGACAGUCGCGCCGCUCGACACCGGCAGCGGUUGUCAAGCAGGAGAAAAAAUCAAUUCCAAAAGAGAAACCCAAACAGAAAGCCGCUCCGUUGAGCAAGUACCGACGGAAAACGGCUAACGCGAGAGAACGCACCCGGAUGAGGGAGAUCAACAGUGCAUUUGAAAAUUUACGGAAAGCGGUCCCAAUCGUGGUGGCAGGAGCAAGCGGGAACUGUUCCCCCGUCAGUUCCCCCGGGCAGACGGGGAACAGUCCGUGUGAGAAAUUGACCAAAAUAACGACGUUGCGAUUGGCGAUGAAAUACAUCCGAAUAUUGAACGACAUUCUGAACAACACGGACAGCAGUCUCCUGAUGGAUAACAACAAUGACAUGGACAUGGUGAACCACAACGAGAUCGAGAGGGAAGUGAUGUUGAAAGGGGCCAUGCUGAAGGAAGCCAUAUUCAGUCCGGUAAGUCCGGUAGCAGUGAAGCAAUCCGCCGUCGGGAAGUCUGGCACGGCAGCUGCGAAAAGGAAAUCGAGAAAGUCCAGCAAAUCGGCAUCCAAUCGGAAAAAUGCUUCGACCCGUUCCAAGCAGACCACGUGCAAACUGGACGAUUUGGCUCCGAGUUCAGAAACGCGAAACCAGUUGGUAGAUUUGGGCAUGAUGUUGGAUUCCGACAACGAUUCGUUGAAUCUGUCCGAACCCUGCCUGAGUCCGCUGCAGGCUCGCGACGGGCUGAAGCAAACGUUCAACAGCUGCAACGCCGCCAACACUCCGAACGAGCUGGAGUUUGGGCUGUUCCUGGAAUCGGAUGCCGAUUCGCUGCAACUGUCGGAACCGUGUCUCAGUCCGCUGAGCCAUCUGGACUCGCUGAACCCAUUCAACGAUUUGCUGCACACCGGGUUCAACGAACAGGCCGCCCUUGAACUAUACUUAUAACAAAAAUGUCUGGCAGCUGGAAUAGUGCUAAAUUUUUAUGUGUAAAUCAAGCGAUCAUGUGCCCGAUGUAGAUUAGUGUACUUUCAUAGGAUUAACAACAAACUACCCGUGAUAGAAGUGACGAUUCCUCCUACUACUCGUUAGACGUUACAUAGAUAGUCUAGGGCAGAAUUCAGAAUGAUCCUGUUAUUUAUUCUCAACGUGUCAUAUUAGCUAAGUGGUACGAAACAGUGGUCCGGCACCUGUCGCGCUCUGACGGCGGCUCGGAACCACAAACGCAUUUUAUUAGCUAGAACAGUACGCCGUAGUUCGUUUCACCGUCAAUCAGAACAGCAAUCAUCAGCCAGUCAGUUGGAAACUGUUGCCAUAAUUGUAGUGGGUAGAUGAAUAGUUAAUCUGAUUAAUCCGCGAUUCUUUCCGCCCUUUCCGAGGCAUUGCACCAACCGUAAUUUUUAAUUAUAUUAUUAGUCCCGAGUUCGUGUGCCGAUCCGUUCGUCAGCCGAGUUUAGUCCGCUAGCAAUUUAGUCCAAGUUUAGUAAAGUCUUGUACGACCGUCACCUCUUCAUUCAUUUCAUUCGUUGCUCUCGAUUUCACCCCCUCCCUGAGCUGUUUCCGAUUCUCGCACGGGAACGGGAGAAAACUCCGCCCACAAGGUUCACAGUGCCGCCGCCGACGCUGCAGGGGUUAAUUGCGGGAAAAGCCAAAGCCAUGCGCAGUAGCGUUACAUCAGAAAGCUCUGCCGAAAGGAGGGAGACCACUCAAACCGAUCCACCACCGUCGUUGCUACUGCUACUGCUGGGAGAACUCAUUCACUGACCGUCACAUCGAACCGUGCACCGAGCAGUACAAAAUGUGGGGUUGUGGGGGUGGCUUGAGUUUCUGUUUUUCGUCAUUAUUAUUACUAUUAUUACUUAUUACUGUUUGCUCGGUACACCGAGAAUUGCGCAACCGCACGUACAUUUCGCGUGUUCUAAGCAGCAAUGGCGCGGGAUGGCGGCGGGGGCGGCGGCUACCGAGCUUCGGUCCCACGAUGAUGGUGGGCCUGAGAAGCACGCCACAAUUGACUUGUAAUGUGGGGAUCGGUUGUCCCUAUACGAACACGGAAAGCGACCGCUUUCGGUCCGAUCGGGUCGAGCCGAUAGGGAAAUGUCAUGCGGUGUGAAAAACAAAAGAAUGGGGCCACAUUAGGGUUGACAUUUUGGCCGACGACGACGAGGACGACAACGAAGACAUCGACGACGCGUGCAACCGUUUGUAUGCAAAUAAGAAAUACUGGCAGCUCGGUUAAGUGUAGUCGCAUGUGAAAAACUUCAAUUAAAUUAUUUCUCAUUUUGGUCAUCGUUCGGUAGAACAUUUGUUGUACAAUCCGGAAGAUUUACGAUUGCGAUUUGUGAGUGCAACUUAGUUCUGAAUUAGAUGGGAAGUAAUUUCCAUACUUAAUUGCAUAGCUUCUAGCUAAAGUCGUUUGAAUGGAUGUUUCCCCGCAAACAGAACCAGAAGGAUAAGAAAACGGUUUUUUAAUUGUUCUAAUCGAUCCACUUUAGAGACACUCUGGCUGGUAAAUAGUACAAUUUAUGGUAUCUUUGGCCACGCAUGGUUCCCUCAAUUAUCCGCAAAGUCAUAUGGCUUGCCAAAUUAAAUAGUUAGUUGCGAAUUGCGAUACCCUUUUACAUUUGACAGAAACAUCUACAGCAAACGUGCUUCAAUUUGUGAAAUACUACUGGUCUAGUAAUUUUUUUUUGUUUCAUCAUAGAGGUUUUAACCAUAAUGUCAUUCGCCUCUUCGAGUCAGAAAAACUUUCUGACUCUAUGCACGGGGGUUGGGAAUCGAACCCAGGUGGGCUGCGUGAAAGGCACCGACUAACCCAUCACGCUAUACCCGUCCCCAGGUCUAGCAGCUGCCUCAAAACGCUUCGAUAGCAGCUUCCGCUAAGAGCUCCCAAGUGCGCUUUUUGGCAACACUCUACACACCAAAUGUCUCGUUUGGAGUUCAGUAGAUAAUUUUACGGAUACGAUCUGUAAAAUAAAAUUUUCUUCGAAAGAUCUGUUAAAUUUAUCCACUUCACAACCAUCUGUCAACGAACUACUGGAUUCCAGCAAAUCCUGUUGAAUUAUUACAGAACCAUUUUUCAUUUUUAGGGAUGGUUUGUAAAGUUUUAAAUAUUAUUACUUUUCCCGAUUCAGUAAUUUUUUACCAAUUUUUAGUGAAUCUAUUGAAAAUGAUAAAGUGUUUCGGCAAGGAUUUCUGAUAAUUCUGAUAAGAAACUUAACAGUCAAAUAGACAAAUUUAUAGUAGCGAAAACGAGGAAAUUGAAACAAGUAAAUUCUUUAUAUGGUAAAAAUAUUUUUAUAAAAUAAAUUAAAUAUUACGUGGAUCCAAUUUCAGCACUCCAAUAAAAUGGAAAGUUAUUACAAAACUCCCUGGACCGGAAGACUGAUAAUGAUUGCAGAAAGUACAUAAGCAGUAACUAGUUUUUUAGUAUCAUUCAUUGUUGGACAGUCUAUUUAAACCAUCUUCCAGCACUUAUUUUAAAUUAUUUGUUUAGACCAAAAAAGGAGUUCAUCUAUUUCUUAUUCCAUUUAUUUAUAUUUUAGUUUUUCGAAUUUUCAAUAGGACUUCCCAAAAAAGCAGCACUAUUUUACAGCAGUAUUAUAUUGGUUGUUCUGGCCUUCAAUAUCAAAACUAGAAACAUGAGCGUGAAGUUAACGUGGGACUGUAAUCGAAAAUUAUAAAGUUGUAUGAAGGCUGCUUCCCUUUGAGCCUAAAACCAAUCGUACAAUCGUAAGAUACUUAAAAUUUUAGAAACAACACAGAACUACUCGCAAUCGAAAUACUACUGGAAUGUUAGUUGAUUUUCUGUUUAAAAUUUGGAACAAAUAAUCGAUUGUUGUGUAUUCUAUACUGACCAUUUUGUUAUCAAAUUAACAGAACCAACAGUCUAGUUAAAUUUUCUUCUCUGACAGCUUAGAGAAAGAACACAUCAAUAGAAUCAAUAAUUUGAAUGAAUUGUAUAUUAUAAUCGUUUCAGUUCUUGUUUGACCACUUUGUUCAAUUAGUUUCAUAUAUGUUACUUGUAAAUUUUGCGGAAUGUCGGUAUUGAAUGAUGAAUAAGUCAGUAUAAUUAUGACAGAUUUAUGUUCGGUGCAACUCUACCGAACAUUCAGCAAGUGAAACUUUUACUGAAACGAUUACCGAAGCUUCAGCUAUUGUGACAGUCAGUAAAUAUUUUACCGAUAUCCGUAAAAAUUAAAUGGUGUGGACUUCCUUGACUCUUAGAUAGAAUAGUAGCUUUGCACGCUUAAAAUUAGUUACUCAAAAAUGAGUAAGAUCCCACUAAUCUACAGAAAAAGUGGAACAACUAUAAUUUAAAGCAACUUCCUAAUUACUCAAAUUUGAGUUCUUCCUCGGAAAACGAUGUUUGGGUAAAAUCUACUCAUUUACUGAGUAAUGCUUUAUUUGUACAUGUACCAAAAAUAGAGUAAUUAGCUCUCAAAUUUCGAGUAAAAUGUUAUUUCAAAUUGAUUAAAUUUAAUUUAAUUAAUUGUAGCAUUUACGCUAAAUAUAAGUACAGUAUGAAUAACACAAGACAAAUCGCGAAUUGUGUUAUUGCUACUAAUAAUUUACUUUUUUAUCUCUGGGAGCUUUUAUUACUUCUACCUCUGGAAGUGAGACAUUUCUCCGUAAAUUUGCGGGAAUUCACUUAUUUUUUUUAUUGAUUCCUGCCAAUGAAAGUUAUGAUUUUAAAAAACAUUGGAUUUGUUAUUCUCGAUAAGUAAUGAUCUUCAUGAAUGUUUUCCGGAAUUGGUCCUUCAUUAUUAUCAACCAUCAUUGGUUCGUGACUUGUAUCUUUCACGAAUAAUCGAUGGGCAUUUCCUAUAUGACGUUUCAGGCUUUUAAAUCUUUGGUAUCGUGAACCACACUCGGAGCACACGGAAGGUUGGUCUGAUUUCCAGCUGGUAUUCAAAUUAUGGCUCUUUGAAUUCUUUCGCGUGUCCAUGAAUGAUCAACCUUUUUAAUAUGGCUCGAAUACCCUAAAAACGUACUCCUUAUUCUAGAUUUCAAAAUUACUUCUAAAUCUUUACCUCACAAUUUCAGCGUCAAUUUCAGUAAAGAUUUUCUACAUUGUAUUAUUGCAGCCAUAGAAAUUUUCACAAAAUUACCAACGAAUACAAAUUUGAGAAAUAGAAAAUAGAAAAUGAUAUCACAAAAUUUUUCGUUCGAUUUUUCGACAGCUCGCUGAAAUAAGGAGUGUAACGAAAAGUAGUUAGCAACAUUGAUUAUUGAAUAAAAAAGCGAAAAAAAAACAAUAGUCGAGUUACUAUGGGCGUUUUAGGAAAUGUAAUUUAAAUUUACAUAUUAUUCUGUACCAUUACUACCAUUCUGCGAUUUCGGUUGAAGCGAUAAACUAUUUCUCAUUAUCAAUCGAGUUCAUCUUAUAUAAAUUAGAAAUUAAUCCUAAGCACUCAAUUUAUCCAGGGAUAGUUGUCAAUUUCUCAUGAGGAAACGACAAACCAUGGAUUUCAUCCAAUCUUGCAUGACACACGAUCACAGCAUACCAAUUAAUAACAAAGAAUGAGCAAUUUUGUUUUAGCUUGAGCUUGAGCGACCACCCCUGGUUGCUACUCCGUUACUGAUCGGGAUUAUCUGAAAUUCUACAGGGAGUUUCUAGAUGAUCCGAUUUGGGACUGGUAAAUCAUCCUUCAAUGAACAUCUUAUGGUAAUCCCAGAAUUCAAUGAUCAGUACCGGCGCCGGCCAGGCCCGAACGUAGAUCGUCUAAGGAAUGGGAAGGGAUGUUAGUCCAAGACUUAUUGUUACUAGAGGCCGUAUAUACUACUGCGCACUCCACAAGUGUCACGGGAGAAGGAUAUUUGUUAGUAAAAAUUUCAGUAUUGGUAUUAUUCGCGCGCGACUCCGUAUGUUCCGAUUUCAAGAUGCUCGGAUGCACCACUAAACUUACUGACUUCCCGAGUGAACGUUUCAACAAUAUCCUAUAUUGAAGUCCCGGGAAGUCUUGAUUCACAGCUCUUAUUCGAGGAAACUGAAGAAAAAUUUGCAAUACUAUCGCGUAAAGAAUAAAAACUUGCGCAGUGGCAGUGGCGAUAUCGUAACCAAUGAGGUUCAACCGAGGUGCGAUUAUUGCUAGUUGAAAACUAAUUCCCUUUUUUUAUAAAUGAAAUUAUGUGAUACAAAAUAAACUAGUGAAAAGGACUAAGACAAAAUAGUUGAUUCAUUGCAUUGACACCGCUCUUAUAUAUAUAAGGGUGCCAAAAUUUUGGGAUCACCUCUAUUUUCGUUAAGCUCUAGUGCUCAUUGGCACCGAAGUGCCAUGUCCAUCAUGACGUGCUGAAAGAGCAAAACAAAAUGACGACAUACCGGCCGCCAACAGACUGCAGUCA